GCUAAACAUACAUAAAUAACUUCUGAAUUUGAUAACAACCCAUUUUAAACCAGAAUAUGGCGUCUAUUGGGGAAUUCGACCCACUCAACUCCACUGUACCUGCGACGAAGAUAGAAGUUACCGUCUCGUGCAGGAAUCUAUUGGACAUGGACACUUUUUCCAAGUCAGAUCCUGUCGUGGUGCUCUAUGUACAAGGCAUUGGGACAAAGGAAUGGAGAGAGUUUGGCAGAACUGAAGUAAUCGACAACACUCUCAACCCGGACUUUGUGAGAAAGUUUGUUCUGGACUUCUUCUUCGAGGAGAAGCAGAACCUCCGCUUUGAUGUGUACAAUGUGGACACCAGAAGUUCUAACAUUUCCAAACACAAGGACUUCCUGGGUCAGAUGUUCUGCACUCUGGGGGAGAUCAUUGGCUCUGUGGGCAGCCGGCUGGAGAGGACACUGUCUGGGAUUCCAGGGAAGAAAUGUGGCACCAUAAUCUUGACAGCCGAAGAACUCAGCAACUGCAGGGAUAUUGCCACCAUGCAGCUGUGUGCCAACAAGCUGGACAAAAAGGACUUCUUCGGAAAGUCAGAUCCCUUCUUGGUCUUUUACCGCAGUAACGAGGAUGGAACGUUCACCAUUUGCCAUAAGACAGAGGUGAUAAAGAACACUCUGAACCCUGUGUGGCAGUCCUUCACAAUCCCUGUGCGAGCCCUCUGUAAUGGAGACUAUGACAGGACUGUGAAGGUGGACGUGUAUGAUUGGGACAGAGAUGGAAGUCACGACUUCAUCGGAGAGUUCACCACAAGCUACAGAGAGCUGUCCAAAGGCCAGAGCCAGUUCAACGUCUAUGAGGUUCUGAAUCCAAAAAAGAGAGGCAAGAAGAAGAAAUACAUCAAUUCGGGGACAGUGACUCUCCUGUCGUUCAAAGUGGACUCGGAACACACGUUUGUGGACUUCAUCCGUGGAGGGACACAGCUGAACUUCACAGUGGCGAUAGACUUCACUGCCUCUAAUGGUAACCCUUCCCAGCCCACUUCCCUCCACUAUAUGAGCCCGUACCAGAUGAACGCCUACGCCAUGGCCCUGAAGGCUGUCGGGGAGAUCAUCCAAGACUACGACAGUGACAAGCUGUUCCCUGCCUACGGAUUUGGAGCCAAGCUGCCCCCGGAUGGCAAGAUCUCUCACGCAUUCCCACUGAACUUCAACGUAGAGAACCCUAACUGUGUGGGGAUCGAGGGCGUGCUGGAGUCGUAUUUCCAGAGUCUCCGAACUGUUCAGCUGUACGGACCAACCAACUUUGCUCCUGUCAUCAAACAAGUGGCACGGUGUGCAGAGGACGUGACGGACGGGUCACAGUACUUUGUUCUGCUGAUGAUCACAGAUGGAGUCAUCUCAGACAUGAUGCAAACCAAGGAGGCCGUGGUCAAUGCGGCUGCGCUACCCAUGUCUAUCAUCAUAGUGGGAGUGGGCCCCGCAGAGUUUGAUGCCAUGGAGGAACUCGAUGGGGACGAGGUGAGAGUGUCUUCAAGGGGGCGUUUUGCAGAGCGUGAUAUCGUCCAGUUUGUGCCAUUUAGAGACUACAUUGACAGGUCGGGGAACCAGGUUUUGAGUAUGGCAAGGCUCGCCAAGGAUGUCCUAGCUGAAGUCCCGGAGCAGCUUCUCUCCUUUAUGAAGAGUCGGAGAAUUGAGCCUCGACCUUCCCUUCAGCCACCCUCCUCCACCACCCACUAGUGCCCAACAUAUCCAUCUGAGGGUAGAGGGAAAGAGGUUGGGAGCGAGGGAAAGAACUUGGUGACAGCAUUGAACAUCGAGGGAAGGUGUUUUAGGGUGGGUGUGGGGCAAGAUGUUUUGCUUGAAGAUGUAGGGUAAUGUACAUUUAAAGUAAUGGAGACAAAAACAAUAUGUAUAUAUAUAAACUCAACUCUUUUCUUUCUUAUUUCUUGGGGGAUUGCCAUGGGGUUUCUGAGAGAAUGACAAAUCUACAAUGCGACACUGACAGACUUUCAGUCCAUGGUGACAUUCAUUAAUUUUCCCUUCCUGACUUGCUUCUCUCCACUGCUGGUUGACUGAGCGCCUUCCUUUCUGGCACACACAGUGAACUGUCUGUGAUUUAACGGAUGCCUCUACCUGAAUGGUUCAAACACUACUUGACCUUUUGAGGUGAAAGCAACCUCUGAAUUCACUAACCUCUUUCCAUUUUUCUCCUUGCCUUCUUUCUCUUCACCUCAGAAGAUACAGUUGAACAUUAUGAGAUACCAAAAACAAGGUUGCACCUUUA